ACAAUGUCCGCGCAAAAGGAGUACCUUAAUGCAAAGGACUUCGAAGCCGGUGAGCAUGGCAUGGUUUACUAUGAGGUGACCACAGCCCAAAAUGAGGCAGAUGCUGACUAGACUCUCAAAGGACUUGUGGAACUCGAUGCCGAGAUGGGUCGUUCUGAAUGGCUCGUUGCAUUUGCUCCUAUCCGAAUCCUGACGGCGGGCGGGUUCCUCGCAGUGUCUUAUUUCAAAUGUCGCGACAGCACAGGGGAUCUUGACUACCUGAUUGAGCCAGAAUUUGUGGGAGACAAGGACAUCCAGAGUGCUCUUGACGCUGCCAUCCAGAAUGUCUCAUUCCGGCUAGAGUUUAAUAGAGAUUGGGUGAAUCAAGCCAUGGCCAUCUUCGUGACCAAGAAAACCAGACAAACCCUGUUUGAACAGGCAGAGAAACAGGGCAUAACGCUGUUCAAGGGAGAAAACUUGGAAGUUCUCGCGGCUCCGAUCGAAUGGGCCCUCGAGCGCAAGUUGCGAAGAAUCCACGCAACGAAUCGGGACCGAAAAGCUGAAUUGGAUAUGGUGGAUGCGAUAACCUUCUUGAAACACCUGAGGGAGCGCAACAACGGGCCUCUGGACCUGGAGUUGGUUCGGACAAUGAAUAUGAACCAGUUCGACGUUAUACCUGACCAUCGCACAUUGCAGCAGGUUGCCGACGCAUAUCGUCAAAAGUACGAGGAGGAGAUUUUUCAGUAGGCCUUGUUUUCUGGCUCGGAGACUUUACCAUAUCCAUCCGUCUCAGAUGGUGUAAAGCCAGCCUGUGUUUGUGAUGAUAUUGCGCUUGGCGAAAUUGGGUGCUUUGCCGUUCUCUUCAAGGACCAAAUUCCCUUCCGAAUCCAGUGACUCUGGCGGUACCGAUACGCUCAGCAAGUCCUUGUCAAUCGGCGGAACCUUCUCCGUCCAAAGAGGCAGCUCCUCGGGAGUAAAGGGGGGCCACGGGUCUCCGUCUUCCUCCCGAUAAACAUGCUCCUUGUUUCUCCGCAGUCCUAGGCUCAGUCGCCAAUUAACUGCUUCGUGCAAUUCCUCGACGAUAGAGGCAAUGAUCGCGUAGCGGAGCGGAUCUGGAUCGUUUGGGUCGGGUAUAUCUUUCAGCUUCCAGUCCCGUCGAAA